AUGAUCGACCUAGACCCAUUGUCCUAUCCACUUGAAACGGCCACCCGAAGGGUCAUCCAGGGUAUCGAGCAAACCAGCGUCAUCCAUAACAUCACCGAGCUUCUGACAGUUGGAAAACUCCACACUAGCACGCCCCUCGGGGUCGGCACCCCGGUCGAGCAAUCCCUCGUGAGCCGAGAGUUCACCGUCGGAAUACUUGGUACGGGGGAUGGGGUGAGUAGAGCAGCCAAUCGGGCGGAUCCGCUGAACGGGCGUGUUUACAAGAUUUGGGCGUGGAGAGCGUGGACUUGA